GUCGCCGGAUGUUUACUCUGAGUAACUCACUCUUCUUUCACUCAUCUGUUUGCUUCGUUUUAUUUACAUUAUUUUGCACCAUUUUAAGCACUACCUUCAUUUGAUUGCUAAAUGGAGAUCGCACGUUUACCAUGAAACUCCGGAAUCAGGAUGACAGAAGGGGAUUCUACGACAACCGAAGACCGCUGAAACUGAGGGAAUCUCCCAUUGUAAUGCAGACGGAAUCAGCAGAAGCAAGCACUCCCGCAGGAAACGGCACUUCCCUGACACUGCAGCCUGAGCGACAUCCCAGAGCUCCCAACACGGAUGGCUCCAUCAGCGCCACCACGGAGCCUGGUGAUGUCCGAGUCAACAUGACCGGGUCAUCCUCCUCGGGAGCCGGUGGGAGAGCUGCCUCCCGAAGACCCCGACCUGGGUCAUCGCACAGCCACUCCCAUUCCCACGGCCACAGUCGGCCCCAUGCCCACCACGAAGCCGACAGCGAGUCCACCGAUUCGGACCCAGAUUCGGGAGAGGCGAGCACGUCGUUCUCAGAGCUACGUUACCUCUUCCACUGGAUCCAGAAAAGUCUUCCUUUCAUCAUAAUUCUUUGCGCUAAGCUUAUUAUACAGCAUGCCUUAGGUCUUGCUGUUGGGGUAGGAAUGUUUAUAACCUUUGUGUACGUGAACAAGAAUAUUCAGACUCAAGUGUUCCUGCAGGAUCGUCGUUCAAAUGGGCUGUCUGUUUGGCUUCUACUCUUCUUGACACUCUCUACCCUGCUGCUCUACUACACCUUCUACGAAGAAGCACUUUACUACUGUCUGUUCUUCAUGAGUCCGGUGAUGGAGCCGUUGGGCUUCUGGGAGGUCCUAUGGGCCGUGGGCGUGACCAACUUCGUAGUCAAGUUCAUCCUGAUGGGGUUCAAGUGCCUUAUUCUGCUGCUCCCCCCCUCCCUGGCUGCUUACAAAACUCAGGGCAAGUGGUGUAUGCUGGUGGAGGAGGUGGGCCAGGUGUACCAGACGGCGGUGCCCAUGCCCGCCUGGUUCCGCUACCUGGUCACCUACCAGGAGGAGGACGGACGCACCGGCCUCACACUCGGCAUCCUGCUUGCCCUGCUCUACCUCAUACUCAAGCUUUUGGGUUUUUAUGGACAAUGGGGAUCUCUUCAGAAAACAUUCAACAUCUUUCUCAGCAACGAGUUUAACGGAGCCCCUGCCACCAAGAGUCAGUGUGCUGAGGCGGGAGACAUCUGUCCCAUCUGCAGAGCAGACUACAGGGAGCCCAGAGUGCUGCUGUGCCAGCAUAUCUUCUGUGAGGAGUGCAUCGCUUUGUGGCUUAACCAGGAGAAGUCUUGCCCCCUCUGCCGGACGGUCAUCACGGACAAGGUACACAAGUGGAAGAACGGCGCCACCUCUUCCUACUUACAGAUUUACUGACCACCACCAUCAACAAAUGAAACAGAAACUUUAACAGAUGUUGACGACGACAACGACCUGGGAAAAACAAAAACAAAGCCACCUUAUUUUGACAACCACUUGACUGGUGUGGUUGGUUGGGCACCAAGUACGUACAGUGCUGAAGAAGUUUGCAGUGAGCUGUUAAACAGCAAUACUCCUCCUUAAUGAACAAAGCAUGGCCCAUACAGGCCAGUCUCGUCUCGCGCUCCAAGCGUGCGUCUCAAGGGCUCUUAUUACUUUCUGGCUGGAUGUGCUGCUUGGUUUCAGGAUGUCUGGAUGUGUGACCCCCUCCAGGCCGUGUCCAAAACCUUCACUUGCUCACAUAGUGGUCUGUGUGUAGUGUACCUGCCUGUACGAUCCAUACUACUCAAAGGAGUUAAGUUGUAUGCAAGCUUGGAGCUUGAAGGUGGUUUACCUCUCGUGUUCAAGGUCCAAAACAAGUGUUGUGUAGCCCCUUUGGUUACCAUGACCUGAAUGAAAUAUAAGCCCAGUUCGUGAUUUAGCAAGACUCGAAUAUGAGCCUUCUGUCCCACCAAACUGGGGCUCUGACCACUACAGCAAAGACCCAGGCUCCUUAAGCCUGGCUCAAACUACGCGACUAUCGGCCCGAUUCUCAGCUGAAACCCCCCCCUUACGACAAUCGCUGGAACGUUACCCCCCAGGACCAUCGCAAGCGAUUGUCGGGGAAGAUUUCCUCGUCGUGUGCGACGUUCUAAGAUAGAACUUUAGCAGCUCAAAGAGUCGCCGAUCACAAGUCGUAGAAAUCAAACACUGUUUGAUAUUU